GUACAUAAGGUCAAAUAACUAUUUUGACAAGCCUAUAUCAAACUAAAUAUAAUGUCGUCUGAUUUUUUUUGGUUCCAUGAUUUUUAUAAAUACAGAAGAAAAAUUAAACCAAAUUGAUAUAUGUAGAAAGUUAAAUCUAACCGAAUAAAAUGACGAUCUUGUCUUUGAUUCCAAUCUACACAUAAUAUAAUACACCGAAGGGAAAAACGGGAGCCCCAUUUCAAAUUUCCUGCAACGAUAGUGAAAGUAGGAAGGACAUUUUGGUCUUCACACUUACUUUUUUUAAUUCAUUAAAAAGACACGUAGUGGGAUUCGAACCAUGACCAUUUUAAGAAAAAGUAAGGAUAAUAACCAAUCACACUAAGUACAUUUGUUGCAUCUUUUUAAAUUAAAAAGAUAUAAUAGCAGAGAGGAAAAAACCCUUCCCCCAUUUCAAAUUUCCUGCUCCAGGAGCGUUUGUAGGAAUGAUAGAAUAGGGAGUGUCAUUUUUUUCCUCUUUCCUCUGUGGAACGGGCCAACUUACCGUACACAUGCGGAUUUAAACGGGUUCAAGAGUGUCAAUUUUUUCAUUAAGCCCUUUUAUUUCUCCGUGGUGAUAAAAUAUAUAUGAAGAGGCAAAAACAAUACUUCUUUUUAUUGCUAAAAAUAAAAAAUUUAACAAUAAACUAAUGCAUGGUAUCUAAUGGGCUAACCGCUAACCAUAAAAUAAAAGAGUUGAAUUGGUUUGACCUACACGGGAUUUGGCCAUCAAGUAAAACAAAUGAACAUCAUUGGUUUGACAUUCUAAAACAAGCUAUUUUCUCUGACAUAAUAUAUUAUGCUAUUAUUUUAUAUCUUAGUGGCUAAAAUAUAAUGUAUUUUAAAGUUAUUCAAUGGUUCAACCUCGACCAACCCAAUUAGUCCAAUUUUUAUCAUUUCAAAUAUAUAUUAUAUAAUUAUUUGAUAUCAUAAUGAUCAAAUCAUAGUGUAUUUUAUAGGGAAUCGUUUGGUAUUUGUUAGUAAAAAACUAAACAGAAAGAUCUAUUUGGUUAUUUUAAACAUUAAAACGAUCCUAACAUUUUCAGUUCCUUUUGAAUUUCUAUGGUUUUAUUCCCGAAUAAGUGAUGUGCAAAUGGCAGUCAUCUCUUUUCUUUCACUAUUUUUUAUUUUCAAAUAAAAACUUUAAAAGUAAAGAAUAAUUAGAAUUUGGCAUGGGUCGGUCAAACAGGCUGCAUUUCAAGUUUUGGCCCCUUUUGAUCAAGUCUAAUUUAUAAUCACAUGGUUCCCUGAUACCCGAUAAAAAUCUCAAUCCAAACCAGUUUGGCAGGUGAGUCCGUGUUUACCACCAUUUUCUAGGGAUACGACAACGACGGUUCCUAUCCCAAAUCGUGUUGUUCGUUCUUUAUUUCCUUAGAUUUUAUCAUAGCCUGAAAAAACCAGAAAGCACAAUGACGACAAGAUGAAAGUUUUAUAAACCAAAUUAAUCGGCCAACAGGCUGAGUAAAAGCUAGCAACGAUUGUGAGAUGCUCAUUUCCCAAAAACCGACGGGAUGGGCGAUUUUUUAUUCGAUUUUCUGGAAUUCAGUUUCUAUAAAACUUACUUCACCUCAUCAUAUUACCAGAAACAAUAUUGUUUCACAAGGUAACAGGUACUUGAUUUUGGUUCAUAAGGCCGAUUUUUGAUUUGUUGCAUCAUUAAUGUCUCUUUCCUGCUAAAAUUCACUAUUUUUAUCACGUGUUUCCCAAAAAAAAAAAACUAUACAACAAUAAGUUAUACACCCCAUUACAUUAUCAAAUUUCAUACCUCACCUUCCUCUAGGGAUGAAAACAAAAUCCGAACCCACGGGUACCCACCCUACCCAACUCGGUCAACGCGGGUAAAAUCCGUGUUGACGGGUUUUGGGCCGGGUUUGGGUUUAAACCCGUUCAAUAUUCAUCGGGUUGGGUUGGGUUUGGGUUUAGGUAAACCCGACCCAUGGGUGCCCGCCCACACCCAUAUAAUUAAUUUUCUCGAUAUAUUUAAUAUUCUAAACAACUUAUCUUAUUUAUGUUUGUGGAGACAUGUCUAAUUUUUUCUUUCUAAUUGUGUAGAAUGAAGUUGAUGUUAUCGAGUGGAGAGUGAAGAAACUUAAUUGAAAGGAAGAAGCUUUCAAUUAAUCAUGUUAUUUAUGGAUAAUUUGUUAUUUGCUUGGAUUUUCUAGAAUGGUAUUUUAUAUAUGGAUAAUUUGUAUUGAGAGAUUGAUAUUUGACUUUAAUUUUGAUAGCAACUUGUUAUUGUAAAUUUUUUAAGACAAAAACCUGUGGGUACCCAUGAACCCGCGGAUACCCAGGGGGUUGAGUUGGGUUUGAGUUUUUCAAACCCAGUGGAUUUUAGCCCGAAUUUUUUUCACGAAUAAACCCAUAAAUUUGGAUUUGAAUUUGGCAAAAUCCGACCCAACCCGACCCAUUGCCAUCCUACCUUCCUCCGGCCAAAUGGCCGGGGCCCACACUAGUUUUUCUUUUAUAUUGACCGUAGGUCUCAUGGUUUUGGUUCGAUUCACCGAUAUUCGGCCUUUAAGCCUCAGCAAGCCGCUAAGAGCCCACUUCAUGUAGCCCAGUCAUAUUUGUUUUCGAGCCCAAUCUAGUUACAACUGCAGGCCACAAUAUGCCCGGGAGCCCCCGAUAUCUACACAGUGAAAAGAUUGAGAAGAAAGCCCAAAAGCCCGGCUAAGAAAACCCUAGCUCCCAUUUUGAAUAAACUCGAUCGUCUCUGUCACAAACUCUAAACUAAGCCUUUCACCCGCCGGCAGCCAUGGGUAUCGAUUUGAAGGCAGGAGGUAAAAGCAAGAAGACGAAGCGCACCGCGCCGAAGUCCAAUGAUAUCUACCUCAAGCUUCUCGUCAAGCUGUACCGGUUUCUGGUGAGGAGGACUGGGAGCAGCUUCAAUAAAGUGGUAUUGAAGAGGCUGUUUAUGAGCAAGAUCAACAAGCCGCCACUCUCUCUGUCCAGGCUUAUCCGCUUCACCAAGGGGAAGGAGGACAAAAUUGCUGUUAUCGUGGGAACAAUCACCGAUGACAUUAGGACCUACGAGGUUCCAGCUUUGAAGGUUACUGCCUUGAGGUUCACUGAGACUGCCAGGGCCAGAAUUGAGAAAGCUGGUGGAGAAUGUUUGACGUUCGACCAGCUUGCCCUGAGAGCUCCUCUUGGCCAGAACACUGUUCUCCUCCGAGGCCCGAAGAACGCUCGUGAGGCAGUGAAACACUUUGGCCCAGCUCCCGGUGUGCCUCACAGCCAUAGCAAGCCGUAUGUUAGGUCGAAGGGAAGGAAGUUUGAGAAGGCUAGAGGAAGGAGAAACAGCAGGGGUUUCAGGGUUUAAUUUGUGGGUCUUUUAGUCUUGAACAUGCGAACCUUUCGUGCCGUCUUCUCUAUAGUUCGAAAUUUUGCUAGAGCCCUAGGCAACUAUCAAACAUCUUUUGUGUUCUGUUUAAUGCUUGGAAAUUUACUCUUUUGUUGUCUGCUGUGAACAACUGCGUUUGAUUUCCAUUUGUAUUGUGAGUUAUUUCCAGCUUAACCAUUUACCAUUGCAAGAUUUAUCU